AAAAAAAUUCUCUGUAAAUACUCCAAAAAUAAUUCAAGUGGUUUUUUUUUCUACUUUCAAAAACCUCUCUCCUCUGUCUUCAAGCCUCAGAUUCUUUCUUUUAAAUCCCACUCAAAGAAUUUUCUUCUCAACAUUUUCAUUGCUGUUUUCUCUUUUCUUCUUUGCUCCAAAGAAACCAUGUAACUGAAGAAAUGUAUGGUUUUUUUUUUCUUUGUGUAUUGAUAAAGUUGUUUCGAUGGACUGGAGGCUUGAAUAGCAAAUAGCAAAAGAGGGAGUGGAGAUGAGGGGGGAGUCAACUGGUUUGAUCAUUGGGAUUUCUAUAGGAGUUGUGAUCGGUGUGCUUUUAGCUAUUUUUGCACUGUUUUGUAUAAGAUAUCAUAGGAAGAGAUCCCAGAUAGGAAACAGCAGCUCCAGGAGAGCUUCAACUAUUCCCAUCAGGGCUAAUGGAGCUGAUUCUUGUACUAUAUUAUCAGAUUCGACUCUUGCUCCUGAGUCACCUGUGAAAUCUGGAAGAAAUGGAAUGUCUAUGUGGCUUGAAGGUUUUAGAAGGAGUAAUGUUGUCUCCAUGUCUGGAAUACCCGAGUAUUCAUACAAGGAUUUGCAAAAAGCAACCUAUAAUUUUACAACAUUAAUAGGACAAGGAGCCUUUGGUCCAGUUUAUAAAGCUCAGAUGUCAACUGGUGAGACUGUUGCCGUGAAAGUGCUUGCAACUGAUUCUAAACAAGGGGAGAAAGAGUUCCAGACAGAGGUUAUGUUGUUGGGAAGGCUGCAUCACAGGAACCUUGUAAAUUUGGUUGGAUAUUGUGCAGAAAAGGGUCAGCAUAUGCUUGUCUAUGUGUAUAUGAGUAAAGGCAGUUUGGCUUCUCAUUUGUACAGUGAAAAUCAUGAACCUCUGAGCUGGAAUUUGAGGGUUUAUAUCGCUUUAGAUGUAGCAAGGGGCUUGGAAUAUCUUCAUGACGGGGCAGUUCCUCCUGUAAUACACCGGGACAUUAAGUCAUCCAAUAUUCUGUUGGAUCAGUCCAUGAGAGCCAGGGUAGCUGAUUUCGGGCUCUCAAGAGAAGAGAUGGUAGACAAACACGCAGCUAAUGUACGAGGAACGUUUGGAUAUCUUGAUCCAGAGUACAUAUCUACAAGGAACUUUACUAAGAAAAGUGAUGUUUACAGCUUCGGGGUGUUGCUCUUUGAACUCAUAGCUGGCAGAAAUCCUUUACAGGGUCUCAUGGAAUAUGUUGAGCUAGCAGCUAUGAGUACCGAAGGGAAAGUUGGGUGGGAGGAAAUUGUAGAUUCACGAUUAGACGGGAAAUUUGAUGUGCAAGAGCUCAACGAAGUAGCAGCUCUUGCGUAUAAAUGUGUCAACCGAGUCCCCAAAAAACGACCUUCCAUGAGGGACAUCGUGCAAGUUCUAACACGAAUCCUUAAAAUGAGACACAGCAAGAAGCAUCAGAAGUCUUCAUCUGCCACUGCAGAUGAGGUUUCAGUUGACUUAGAGCAAGGCGAAACUAAGAUACCGAUAACUGAACACCAGAGAGACGAGUCCAUGGACAGCGCAGCUGACACAUUUGAAAUAUAGUCAAUGGUUCUUCCAUUUGUUAAUUUGUUAAAAAUUUCUUGGUUUUGUCUUUGUUUUGUGAUAUAUGUCAAGCAAAAGCAGGUUUGUUUGUAGCAUUUGAGCUGUCUUUUGAGUGGGUUUAGGGUAAAAAGGAUUGUUAUUAAUUUGGUGUAACAUAGUUAGCCUCAUUUGUUUUGCUGAUUUAAUUUUUGUAUAUUAAUACAAUAGAAAUGAAAAUGAAUGAAAGCAUAGAUAAUGUCUUUCUGAAAUUGUUUUUCUUUGCAUUAAACUUCACCAAACCUAGUAGGUUUUUGACAUAAAAAGAGCAGCUCGGUGGGCAAAGCAUUCUCACUAUGUGUGGGUUCGGAGAAGGAUUUAGUGUAUGUAGUCUUUUGUUUUUUGUAUUUUUGCAAGAGAUUAUUUUUACAACUCGAAUAUAUGACCAUCGAGUUUGACAUAAUUUCCAAAAAUAAUAAAAAUUAAAACCAGUUGAUUCUUUGCAUAUUUCGAUUCAUCUUUUCUAGUGGUUUGAGAAAUUUUUUAAAAAUGGGGAAAGGAAAUUCCAACUUGCUAUUUGAGUAAGAAGAUUGUAGGUCAAAUGUUAGGGUGUCAGGUUUUAGUAAUGGAUUGUAAUGAAAGUUUAUAAAAUGAGUAGUCCAUAAGUC